UAAGCUUCACUUCAGCCCUAUCUCAAAACCCUAACCCUGGGAGAGAGGAAGAGAGAGCUUGAAGAUGGUGCAACGUCUUACCUAUCGCAAGCGGCACAGCUAUGCCACUAAGUCCAACCAGCACAGGGUCGUCAAAACCCCAGGUGGAAAGCUGGUGUAUCAGAGCACCAAGAAGAGGGCAAACGGUCCUAAGUGUCCUGUAACUGGAAAGAGGAUUCAAGGGAUUCCUCACCUAAGACCUGCAGAAUACAAGAGGUCUAGAUUACCUAGGAACCGUAGGACUGUGAACCGUGCUUAUGGGGGUGUGUUGUCUGGAGGUGCUGUGAGGGAAAGGAUCAUCAGAGCCUUCUUAGUGGAGGAGCAGAAAAUUGUGAAGAAGGUUUUGAAGAUUCAGAAGGCUAAGGAAAAGCAAGCCUCAAAGAGCUGAGGUGAAAAGUAAGAGUGACAUGGUUUGAGAGUGUUUUUGCUAUGCCCACAGUAUUGAAUCAUGGAAAUGUAAUGUCAGGUGGUCAAAUUUGAAUUUGUAUUUUUCUUUGGUUGAUUAAUCUCUGAUGACUAAUACUUCUUUUACUUUGCCGACAAAUCCACCAAGCUAGGUUUGGUUUUGUUUUGUUUUGAUUUUUUGCCUCCUAAUAUUUGUUUGUUAGGGUUGUCAUAAAACUUUAUUUUGAAUUCCUUCUUGUAACGUUAGAAUAGCGGUUUUUCUUUUACUUGUUUC